AUGAAGGCGAUUGUCAGUGUCGGCGCCACCGCCAACGGCAAGCCUCCGCUGGACGACUUGAGACAAUCGAGGACAACAAACCAGCAGUCGUCAACAGGCCGAAUCAAUCAUUCGCCGCCACCGCCGUCGCCCUUUCCGUCGCCACCUCCGCCUUGUCCUCUGCUGCCGCUCCUUCCGCCGCCGCCACCUCUGCCGCCGACGAACCCGUCGCCGCCGCCCCUUCCGCCGCCGCCACCUCUGCCGCCGACGAACCCGUCGCCGCCGCCCCUUCCGCCGCCGCCGCCUCUGCCGCCGACGAACCCGUCGCCGCCGCCCCUUCCGUCGCCGCCACCUCUGCCGCCGACGAACCCGUCGCCGCCGCCCCUUCCGCCGCCGCCACCUCUGCCGCCGACGAACCCGUCGCCGCCGCCCCUUCCGUCGCCGCCACCUCUGCCGCCGACGAACCCGUCGCCGCCGCCCCCACCUCUGCCGCCGACGAACCCGUCGCCGCCGCCCCCACCUCUGCCGCCGACGAACCCGUCGCCGCCGCCCCCACCUCUGCCGCCGACGAACCCGUCGCCGCCGCCCCUUCCGCCGCCGCCACCUCUGCCGCCGACGAACCCGUCGCCGCCGCCGCCGCCGCCGCCACCUCUGCAGUCGCCGCUGACUCCGUCGCCGACGAACUCGUCGCCGCCGCCGCCCCUUCCGCCACCACCACUGACUCCGCCGCCGACGAACCCGUCGCCGCCGCCGACGAACCCGUCGCCGCCGCCACGAACUCGUCGCCGCCGCGCUCGACGGCUGCUCGGCCGCGUCUGA